AUGACUGUCCCGAACAACGCCACCGCGACCGAAUAUCCCAGUCCACUGCGAUUAACCAUUACUGUAUUCGCUCUCUUCCUGGCUAUCUUCCUCACAGCACUUAAUCAGACGAUUAUUGGAACAGCUAUUCCCAAAAUUACUGACCAGUUCAACAGCGUCGGUGAUAUUGGCUGGUAUGGUAGUGUCUACUUUCUGACGGGCACCGCUCUACAGCCAGCGUACGGGCGGAUGUACAUGCUGUUCGAUGUGAAGUGGUCUUUCCUCGUGGCCAUCUUUAUCUUCGAGUUGGGCUACCUCAUCUGUGCAAUUGCUCCCAACAGUGCCACCCUGAUCGGGGGUAGGGCUGUGGCUAGAACGGGAGUGGGUGGCAUCUUCUCGGGCGCCUUGGUUAUCCUCUCGCUGACUGUUCCUCUUAAGAAACGUCCGACCAUUUUCGGGCUGUUCGGUCUGGUUUGGGGUCUGGCAUCGGUCGUCGGACCAUUGCUAGGCAGAGCAUUUACCGACGGACCCAGCUGGCGCUGGUGCUUCUACAUCAAUCUCCCAUUUGGUGCCGUUUCCGUUGCGGUUAUCGUUCUCAUUUUGCACCUACCCAAGACCGCCCCAACCGGACGAUCUUUGCUCCAGCGAAUUCUCGAUUUAGACCUGAUCGGCAUCACCCUUCUUCUCCCCACAUUGAUAUAUAUGUUACUCGCUCUGCAAUGGGGCGAAAAGGCAACGCUGCCCCCACGGAUCAUGGAAAUGCGUACGAGUAUCUCUCUCAGCUGUUUCUCAUUCGGAUGCGGCGGCGCAUACUACCUCCUCAUGUACUACCUCCCAAUCUACUUUCAAGGUGUACGGAAUGUUUUCGCAGUGCACUCUGGAAUCGACAUUCUCCCGAUAUUGGUAGCACAGUCCAUCUCGUCCGUCGCCAUUGGAGCCGGUGACAGUGCGACGACGGGCAUCUCCACCGGAAAGUGGAUCGGAUAUCAGAUCCUAACUGGGGUUGGCGUGGGCGCCGGAUUUCAGAUCCCCAUGACGGCUAUUCAGACAAUCUUGGAACAAGCUGAUAUUCCCAUUGGAUCUGCAGCCGUAGUUUUCUUUCAGAGCUUAGGUGGUGCGAUUGUUAUCUCUGUCGCGAAGUCCAUGUUCGAGAACAGUAUUGUCAAGCAAAUAUCCGAGACCGCACCGGAUGUUUCUCCAAGGCUUAUCUUAGAUGCGGGUGCCACGGCAUUUCGGACGGCCUUGGAGGACGCAGGACAUAUAGAUGAGCUGGAAGUGGUGUUGGACGCGUAUAUGACCGGUCUAAGAGAUGUCUUUUGGGUGGCCUUGGCGUUGGCUCUCUUUGCUUUCGUCUCUUCCUUACCUCUGGAAUUAAGAAGCGUGGAGCAGAGUGGGAGGGAGACAACAAAGGAGGGUGUAGCAUCGACUGAGGAAGAUGGCGCUGUAUAA